UCAGCCGCCAUUUUGAGAACCGCCGAGAAAUCCAAGGCGGAAAAGUGAAGUAGCUGCCGACUGACGUCAUGGCAUAACCUGUUGUCUUAAUUGUUUAGUCUUGGUGAAAUUUUUGGGUGAUUUUCACGCUUUACUGAAAUCUGUCAGGAAAUAGAGGUUUACAGAUCUUUACUGUGAUGCCAAUCUUACCGUUUGCUUUAUACUGGACUUGGUUAAUCUUGUUGUGUCCCCUUGAAAUGGCGGCAGAUACUAACAAACCAAAAAAGCUUAAUCAAGUGGACAUUGCAAAACUGCUGAGAAACCUGGAGCGAGACUCCUCGAAACUAGGUAAUGGCGGUGUGGUACUGGAACACUCAAAGCUUGAAAAAAACGAAAUCAUCGAAGACGAUACAGCGCCUGGUAGUGAGUCGAGUGGUUCUAGUUCAAGAGACCAAUCAGAAGCGCUCGGUACAACCACAGCCGUAGAAAGUGGGGAAACGUACCUCACUGGAAAACCAAUCAAAAUCAAAAUCAAAGGAACGAACGAGAGCAGUUUUUCGUCUGUUUUUUAUUCAAUGAAACCUGAGGACGAUGAUUGGUUAAAAAAGAAAGUGGAGCAGAUCAAGAAAAAUCUUAACCAAUCAGUAAGAAUGGACCCUGUUGCUGAAGUACUAAACAAACGAUAGUAGACAACUUUGGCGAGAAAGAAACUAUUUUGUCCCACAAAUAACUGAAAUACCAACACGCCCCUACUUUUUUAUCAACCUCAGAAUGGCUAAAAUAUCAAACAUUCCGCCCAUUGACUAAAAUCAAACAAUCCGAACUUUCCAUACGUUGGUUCAAUAGUCAAACAUAAAGUAUUAAAUAGAGGCUUGCAAGGUAAGUUCAAAGGAUUAUUCGAAUUUGAACGUUGCAGCUUCGAUGGAUCCCAGAAUUAAUGCUUUGUGUUUGAUCAGUGAAGUCGAUGUAAGGAAGGUAGUGAAUGACUCGCAUUCUGGCCCAGGGCUUUGAAAACCCUGUCAAGCGUAUGCAAUACAAAAUUUUGUAAAUAAAGGUCGUUGUUUACGAUUUUUUAAUUUUGAUAGACCACAGUCGUUUUUAGCUACAUAUGAACGAAGGAGAGCUAUCAAUAGUCUCAAUGUUACACCGAAUCCUAGAGGCACUCGCCAACUCUGUUCAUUUUAUGGAAAACGAGUUUCGA